CAAGCAUCCAGAUAUUUAAGACGACCUCAGAGCUCGAAUCCCCCCAAAGCAUUUUCUACUCACACCACAGCAUUCAGCAUUCAGGCAAAAAGCAACAGCAUUACUACAUCACGCCAAUAACAUCCAAACCUAUCAAAGUCAAUCAAGACUUUCAAACCCCAACACACCAAUGGCAUCAGUCUCAUCAUCUGUGGAGAGCAUGUCUCGCUGCUCAACCCCAGGCAGCAGCAUCUCCGGAGAAUCUCCCAUGCGCAGUUUCGGCGAUAGCUACUUCGAGAGCGUCAACACCAUGACCGUCGAGUACCUCACGAAGAAGAAACAAUCAAAGUCCACCGCCACCACCCCGUCGGUAGAAUCUCCCAUGCGCAGCUUCGGAGACAGCUACUUCGAGAACGUCAACGCCAUGACCGUCGAGUACCUCACAAAGAAGAAGCAAACAAAGACCGCCAGCAGACCUCAGCUAGUGAAGAUGAACAGCUAUGGUAGCUCGUGGUUCGACAACCAAGCGUCGCAGUUCGAGGAGUGGCAGAAGGCCAAGCAAGCUCGAUUGGCUUGAACAAUAACAAUACCUUUUUACGACUUUUCAUACCUUAUCAUGGCGUCACAUAUUGGAAGCGACUUUUGUUUAUGAGCGAUGAAGCAAGCCGGCGAUGAUAGAGCGGCAAACGAGGAUGUUUGGGAUUUUGGGAUACAGCGGGCUUUGGAGAUCUCCUUUUAGAAGAAGAGUUGAGACACAUACCAUCAUUUAAGACAUGUUAGAGGGAUAAGGUCCUUGAGGCUUUACGAUAAUACAAAGAUUUUGGGAUCUUAGCAGCACACUUUUUCCACUCUCCG